CAUUUUAAUUGUCGCUUGUGCUGAUAAUAAGACAAUGGCAAUAUUUACCCGGUUUAUCUGUCUCUUCUGUCCGAUUUUCGCGCUCUGCAUUCUGCAAGUUCAGAGUGAAAUACACUCUCUCUAUUACAUAUACACCGCCCUCUCCAAACCUGUCUCUGUACCUGGAAUCCAUGAGUUCACUGCUAUGGGUCUGCUUGAUGACAGAGAGAUUGACUACUACAACAGUCAGGACAAAGUCAAGAUACCAAGACAAGAGUGGAUGAGAGAGAGUCUGACAGCUGACUACUGGGAGAAAGGCACUCAGUCACGAAAGAGUAAAGAGCAGUGGUUUAAAGUCAAUGUCAAUAUUCUGAUGGAUCGUAUGAACCACAAUCAGUCUGAUCUUCAUGUUCUUCAGUGGAGACACGGCUGUGAGGCUGAGAGACACUCUGAUGGAUCAGUAAGAUUUGUGAGAGGUGUUGACCAGUAUGGCUACGAUGGUAAUGACUUCCUGUCCUUUGACUUGGACACUAUGCAGUGGGUGGCCCCAGUUCCUCAGGCCGUUCCCACCAAAAGGAAGUGGGAUGAUGUGCCCAUUCUCAACAUGUACACUAAGGGUUACCUUGAGAAGGAGUGUGUGUACUGGCUCUCCAAGUUCCUGACUUAUGGUAAAGAGGACCUAAAUAAGAACUUUCCACCGGAUGUUUCUGUAUUUACAACGAGAUCCCUAACACCAGGCCGGCUGUUUCUGACCUGUAUGGCCACCGGUUUCUAUCCCAAAGACAUAACCAUGAACAUCAGAGAGAAACAAAUUCAAUUACCUUUACAAGAACUGUCUUCAGGAGUCAGACCGAACAAUGAUGGAACCUACCAGCUGAGGAAGACUGUGGAGAUCCCUGAUUCUAAUAAAGAAGAUUAUGAGUGUUAUGUAGAUCACAUGACCCUGAAAAAAACAAUGAAGGAAACUGGAGUCUCUGUGACUGAGCGCCCUCCCAGCACUGGGAACACUGUUCGCAUUCUGCAAGUUCAGAGUGAAAUACACUCUCUCUAUUACAUAUACACCGCCCUCUCCAAACCUGUCUCUGCACCUGGAAUCCAUGAGUUCACUGCUAUGGGCCUGCUUGAUGACAGAGAGAUUGACUACUACAACAGUCAGGACAAAGUCAAGAUACCAAGACAAGACUGGAUGAAAGAGAGUCUGACAGAUGUCUACUGGGAGAAAGGCACUCAGUCACGAAAGAGUAAAGAACAGUGGUUUAAAGUCAACGUCAACAUUCUGAUGGAUCGUAUGAACCACAAUCAGUCUGAUCUUCAUGUUCUUCAGUGGAGACACGGCUGUGAGGCUGAGAAACACUCUGAUGGAUCAGUAAGAUUUGUGAGUGGUGUUGACCAGUAUGGCUACGAUGGUAAUGACUUCCUGUCCUUUGACUUGGACACUAUGCAGUGGGUGGCCCCAGUUCCUCAGGCCGUUCCCACCAAAAGGAAGUGGGAUGAUGUGCCCAUUCUCAACAUGUACACUAAGGGUUACCUUGAGAAGGAGUGUGUGUACUGGCUCUCCAAGUUCCUGACUUAUGGUAAAGAGGACCUAAAUAAGAACCUUCCACCGGAUGUUUCUGUAUUUACAACGAGAUCCCUAACACCAGGCCGGCUGUUUCUGACCUGUAUGGCCACCGGUUUCUAUCCCAAAGACAUAACCAUGAACAUCAGAGAGAAACAAAUUCAAUUACCUUUACAAGAACUGUCUUCAGGAGUCAGACCGAACAAUGAUGGAACCUACCAGCUGAGGAAGACUGUGGAGAUCCCUGAUUCUAAUAAAGAAGAUUAUGAGUGUUAUGUAGAUCACAUGACCCUGAAAAAAACAAUGAGGAUUGAUAAAGAGACACUAACUGACUCUAGUGAUGGUGCACAGACUGGACUGAGUGCUGAUAACCAUGGACGAGAGAUGUGACCCGAGACCAACACAAAGUCAGAAACCAUCCAAAACAAGCCUUGGCCAAAGGUGAAGACCGUUGACAGCCGUAUUCUCAGACGGUCAGGCAGCUCCAGCGGUCACCGCGUUUCAUGGUCUGGGUUUCUGACAUGUUGUACAGUCAGUUCACACCUUGACAGCAGUAUUAAGUCAUGUGUCUGAAAUCGGAAAACCUUUUUUUCUUUUUACAGAUUUUUGACAUUAAUAUACUCUCAUUUAGCUGAUAACUACAUCUAGCGUGACUUGUAGUUAGGUGUUCAACGGCAUACUCAGCACAGAGCUGCAACACAACCCCACACACCUAGGGCUGUUCCUCUUGCUUCCCUUCCCACCACUGCACCUGACAUCAAAGUCUAGUACUGUUCUCACACUAAUCCCACUGUGCUCUGCCUGUCAGCACUGGACUGAGCUUUGUAUGUAGUCCAUGUUGUCUCACAUUUUUACUAUGGAUAAAGGUUCUGAUGUGCCCUGUGGGACUGAUUUAGCAUUUCAGAGAGCUUCAGUUUUACAAGCGUAAAGACCAGAU